CCAGGCCGGCGCCGCGCGCUGUGCGCAUGCGCACGGUGGUGUUGCGCAGUGAGGGCGCCGCGCCGUCCCCGCCGCCACCGCCGCCGCCUCAGCGCCGUUGGGCCCCGGCCCGCGCCGCUACCGCCAUGGCCGAUCCCCGCCUCAGGCAGAUCAAGAUCAAAGCCGGCGUCGUCAAGCGAUUGGCAAAAGAAAAACUUAUGUAUGAAAAAGAAGCAAAACAACAAGAAGAAAAGAUUGAAAAAAUGAAAGCUGAAGCAUGUGAUGAUUAUGGAAUAAAGAAGCAGGUCGAGAUCUUACAAGAGUCACGAAUGAUGAUUCCAGACUGUCAGCGCAGAUUAGAAAUUGCACAUGCAGAUCUUACCCAACUACUAGAAAAUGAAAAAGAAUUGGAAGAAGCUGAAGAGUAUAAAGAAGCACGUUCCAUACUAGAGUCGGUCAAGCUGGAAGCUUAGAAGUUUUUCAGUACUCUUUAUAUGCAUUAGCACUGGGUCCAUUCCACACCUUUGUUUUACUACAGCUCUAUUACUACUGCUGACUUGCUAAGGUUCCCUUUAUGCAAACUGGCCUUUCUCUUACUGCAAGAUGCAUCAAAUAAAGGAUGUUC